AUGGAACAUGUCAUCGAUACAGGAGAUGCACUCCCUGGGAAACAGCGUCACUACCCUGUUUCAACAGCGGUACAAGUCAUUUUGUAUGAAGAGCUAGAUCGAAUGUUGGAUCUCGGCGUUAUUGAGGAGAGCGAAAGCUCAUGGUGUUCGCCGGUGGUUCUCUUCCGAAAACCAAGCGUUAAUCGGCUUUGUCUUGAUUCUCGUACUGUGAACUCCCUGACGAAGAAAAACGCGAAUCCGCUAAUACCACAGGAGAAACAGAGUAGGGAAAAGACUGCCUUUGCGGUACCGGGAAGACCCUUGUGA